AUGAUUUGUAAAUACAAAUCUCACAUUUUCUAUUUAUUUUUCCUAGCCUUAUUCCCCUUUAUCCAAUCCAAACUCACCCCAAACUACUACCAAAAAACAUGCCCAAGAUUCUUAGACAUCGUGAAGGAAACCGUGGCUGCAAAGCAGCAAAUAACGCCCUCCACCGCCGGUGCUACACUCCGUCUCUUCUUUCACGACUGCAUGAUUGGAGGCUGUGACGCCUCCAUCUUGAUAACCUCAAAUUCCUUCAACAAGGGAGAGCGUGAUGCAGACAUCAAUCUCUCCCUCUCGGGAGAUGGCUUCGACGUGGUCACGCGUGCCAAAAACAUGUUGGAGUUGGAAUGUCCCGGAAUGGUCUCUUGCUCUGACAUAAUUGCAACAGCCGCGCGUGACCUUGUCGUCUUAGCUGGCGGCCCAUUCUACGAGUUAGGCUUCGGUAGAAAAGAUAGUCUUGUGUCCAAAGCAAUUGACGCUGAGAACAAAUAUCCAAAACCAACCAUGACAAUGAAUCAGGUGAUAGACAUUUUCACAUCAAAAGGGUUUACAAUUCAAGAGAUGGUGGCUCUAGUAGGAGCACACACAAUAGGAUUCUCUCAUUGUAAAGAGUUUAGCAACCGGCUCUUCAACUUCAGCAAAACCGCUGAAACUGAUCCAAAGUAUAAACCAGAAUUUGCUGCAGGGCUUAAGAAACUCUGCCAGAAUUACCAAAAAGAUCCUUCAAUGUCGGCGUACAACGACGUGAUGACACCAAAGAAGUUUGACAACAUGUAUUUUAAGAAUUUGAAGAGAGGGUUAGGCCUUUUGGCUACAGAUAGUUUGAUGUUUGAGGACAAGAGGACAAAAUCAUUUGUGGAAUUGUAUGCGACAAAUGAAAGCAAAUUCUUUGAGGAUUUUGGUCAUGCUAUGCGAAAGGUAAGUGUUUUGAAUGUUAAGGUGGGGAAGAAUGGAGAGGUACGAAAUAGGUGUGAUGCUUUCAACAAGCUUGAUACUAAUUGA